UUACAUGUGGCAACAUUGCAAAAGAUUAGAAUUUGUUUAUAUUUGCCGGCUCAAUUGUUGUAAUUAAGUUUUUGCAAAACUAAAACAUGAGAUUGCCCUUGAUAUGCUUUGUCUUCUUAAAUUUCUUACAUCAACAAGUUCUGGCGGAUAAUUCUCUGAACGAUGAACAAUGUGUAUCGGACAAUAAAUCAGAGUGUGGCGAAGAACGUGAAAACCAAUUGUUUGAUUCAGCUAGAAAAUAUGGAAAAGAUUCAAACGAAAUAUAUAGAAAAAUUCACAAAGCUCUUAGUGAAUACAAACCAUGGAUCCCAAUGGAACACGAACCAACUUGUGGUUUAUACGCAGAAGUGAUAAAAAGAGAUUUGAAACCUUACCAGAGUAAUGGCAUAACACGGCAAAUGAUAACAGAUGCCGCGAAGUUAGGUACACAUUACAAGAUCUACAAUAAAACACUGUACCGCGAAGAGGAUUGUAUGUUUCCUACGCGCUGCAAAGGCGUUGAACAUUUUUUAUUAAAACUCGUAAAUGAAUUACCAGAUAUGGACAUAAUCAUAAAUACACGAGACUGGCCACAAGUAAAGAAAGUGUUUAAGACAAAAGGACCAGUAUUUUCAUUUUCAAAAACAAAUGAAUAUUUGGAUAUAAUGUAUCCUGCUUGGUCUUUUUGGGCAGGUGGUCCAGCUAUUUCAUUGUAUCCAACUGGUAUCGGACGCUGGGAUUUGCUGCGAGAAGAAAUCACAAAAGCCGCUGAGAAAACGCCAUGGGCCAAAAAAAAAUCUCGAGGAUUUUUUCGUGGCUCUCGUACAUCUGAUGAGCGUGAUGCUUUGAUAUUGCUGUCACGCCAAAAUCCAGAUUUAUUAAACGCACAAUAUACAAAAAACCAAGCUUGGAAAACAAAAAAAGACACUUUAAAUGCAGAGCCUGCCAAAGAAGUUGAUUUUAAGCAUCACUGCAAAUAUAAAUAUUUAUUUAAUUUCCGUGGAGUUGCGGCUAGUUUCCGUUUAAAACAUUUAUUUUUGUGUAAAUCAUUGGUACUGCAUGUCGGCGAUGAAUGGAAUGAGUUUUUCUAUUUUGCCCUUAAACCUUGGGUACACUAUGUUCCAGUAAAAAGUUAUGCUAGUGAGCAGGAAAUAGAAAAUUUACUCAAUUAUUUUCAAGAAAAUGAUGACAUAGCGCAACAGAUUGCAAUGCGUGGCUAUGAGUUUGUUAAGAUUCACUUGAGGAUGGAAGAUAUUGAGUGUUAUUGGAAAAAACUGCUCACAGAUUAUAAAAGUUUGUUGAAAUACACGGUUAAGGAGGAUAAUAGCCUACAAGUUAUUGAACCGAACAACAUAUAAAUUAAGAUUUUACGUUCGAGCAAAAAAAUUCGACAAACAGUAGUCCAUAGUUUGACAUUCCAUAAAAUUUACAUAAAUAAAUUAAACUUUUAUUAAAUUUCAUUUUUAUA